UUCAUCCUCACUUUCUGAUGCACAGCAGUCUGAUUGUGGAUGAAUCCAGAGCAGAAAAACUACAGAACCUGAGCAGAAAAAAGUCAACAAAGACCGUCCCAGCUGCUGGUUUGGGUUAAAACAUUUGACAGAAUCCGUCCUCUUUUUCUUGGCAGAUUUGGCUGAGAAAAGAAUCUCAAGGUCCACACUGUGAAGCCUAUUUUUGUGUCAUCUGGCUAAACAAUUUAUUCUCAAAAGAUUAUCUGCAACCAGCCAUGAACUUCUUCAAGUCAGAGAGCUCAAAAAGGUUUUCUGAUGCUGUUAAAGCUAAGAGCACGUUGCUGGAACCACAGCUAGGACCGCUGCCUGUUUAUAGAAUUCCUCUAAAAGAGGAGAAAAUCAAAAUAAAUGGGUGCAGGUUCUUCAGUUUUGGGGAACCCAGCAAAUUUGGUUCCAAACAACAAAGCCGCACCAUCAUGGUUCUUGGAGCCACUGGUGCUGGGAAGUCAACUCUCAUCAAUGGGAUGAUAAAUUACAUUCUAGGUGUUAAAUGGGGAGACACAUAUCGGUUCAAGUUGGUGGACGAAGGUCAAACUAAAUGCCAAGCUCACAGUCAGACCUCCGAGGUCACUGUGUACAAACUCUUCUACAGGGACGGAUUUGAGGUUCCCUUCUCUCUGACCAUUAUAGACACACCAGGCUUUGGGGACACCAGAGGCAUAGAGAGGGACAGGGAGAUCACAGUGCAGCUCCAGAACCUCUUCGCCAGUAAGGACGGGGUCAGUGAAAUCGAUGCUGUGUGUUUUGUAGCUCAGGCUGCUUUAGCCCGUCUCACGUCAACACAAAGAUACGUCUUUGAUUCCAUUCUCUCAAUCUUUGGCAAAGAUAUAGCAGAAAACAUCAGGAUUCUGGUGACGUUUGCAGAUGGUCAGAAGCCACCAGUUCUAGAAGGGAUCAUAGAGUCAGGCGUCCCAUGUCCUAAAAGUAAAGACGGUAUUCCAGUUCACUUCAAAUUCAACAACUCUGCUCUGUUUGCUGACAAUAAAUCGGCAGACACCCAGAGUGGGGACGAUGACGAAGAAAACUUUGAUCAGAUGUUUUGGAACAUGGGAACGAAAAGCAUGAAAAGAUUUUUUACUGCUCUAAAUCAGAUAGAAACCAAAAGUUUGACACUGACAAAUGAGGUCCUGAGAGAAAGAAAACAGCUGGAGGUUUCAGUUGAGAAUCUGCAGGUUCAGGUUAGACUUGGUUUAGCCAAACUGGAGGAAAUCAGGGAGACCAGAGAAAAAAUUAAAGAGCAUGAAGCAGCGAUUAAGACAAAUGAGAACUUUGAGUUUGAUGUCUCUCUCAAAAAACCUGUACAAGUUGAUAUCUCUGGUUCUGGGGACUACAUCACCAACUGUCAGCAGUGUCAGGUCACCUGUCACUUUCCUUGUGGUAUACCAAAUGAUGCUAAUAAAAGAGGAUGUUGGGCGAUUGACCAAAAUACUGGACGCUGCCGUGAGUGUAAAGGAAAAUGUAACUGGAACGUACAUUUCAAUCAAAGGUACAGGUGGGACUAUAAAGAUGUUACAGAGAAACGGACAGUGAAAGAGCUGAAAGAAAACUAUGAAAAAGCCACAGGGCAGAAGAUGACUGUUGAGGGACUGAUGAGGCAACUGAAGGGUGAAUAUGACAUAAUGCAGAAUGAGGUGAAGAAACUGAUGGAGAAGUCGACAAAGUGUCUGAACAGACUGAAAGAGAUAGCACUGAAGCCCAAUCCUCUGUCCACUCCUGAGUACAUUGAGAUGCUCAUUGAAGGAGAGAAACAGGAAGCCAAACCAGGCUGGAAAAAACGGGUUGAGUCACUGAUGAAGAUGAAAGAAAAAGCAGAGUUCAUGGCUAAGGUGGAGAAAGGAGAAAAACCUCUGAGCCGUCAAGAGUCGCUUGAUGUGAAGUUUUAA